AUGGGUCGUGUUAAACUCCAGAUUAAGAGAAUAGAAAACAACACAAAUCGACAGGUUACCUUCUCAAAGCGUAGGAAUGGACUCAUCAAGAAAGCUUAUGAACUUUCCAUUCUUUGCGACAUUGAUAUUGCCCUCAUUAUGUUCUCUCCCUCCGGCCGGCUUAGUCACUUCUCCGGCAAAAGAAGGAUUGAGGACGUGCUUACUCGUUACAUCAAUCUCCCUGACCAUGAUAGAGGAGGGGUUGUUCAAAACCGAGAGUAUUUGAUCAGGACAUUAAAGAAGCUCAAGACUGAAAACGACAUAGCUCUUCAGUUAGCCAAUCCUGGGGCUGUUAACUCUAACGUAGAGGAACUGCAACAAGAAAUCACUAGGUUUCAACAACAACUUCAGAUAGCCGAUGAACAAUUAAGGAUCUUUGAGCCAGACCUAAUGAAGUUUACAUCAAUGGCGGAGCUUGAAUCCUGCGAGAAACACCUCAUGGAAACUUUGGCACGUGUCACCCAGAGAAAGAAACAUUUGUUAAGCAACCAUCUAUCUUCGUAUGAUCAAACGGGUUUGCAGGUAUACUUGGAUGCACAAGAGGGGCUUCCACCCUCCUUUGAGAACGAAGUUGUAAAUUGGUUACCCGAGAACCAGCACCACCCGACCCAGAUUUUCGUUGGAUCGGACCCUUCUUUGAUCCCACUAAGGGAUCAUCCAUCAACCAUGUAUGAUACUAUAUCACAUGGGACAAGUUUAAACGUGGACCCACGCAGUAUGGGAGAAUGCCAUGUCAGCAACCCGAGCGAUGCAAACCUUCCAUCGUGGCACCAGGCGUACACGCCAACGGAUCUCCUCUCUGCCAUCAUGCCACCUUCAUCAUUCCCUCUCAUGCAGGUUGGAGGAAAAGGCCAAGAUAUUCUUCUCCAUCCAUAUGGGUGGAUUGAUGUUCCAGUGUACCAGUCGGCGGCUGGUGUAUUGGCCGGCAGCCAGUGUACCAACGAUGUUGGUGGUCGGUGUACCAGUCAACAGCCGGCAGCUAGUGUACCAGCGACGUCGGCAGCUAGUUUAUCGGUCGGCAACCGAUGUACCAACGACAUCAACGGCCGGCGUACUGAGCUUGAUACUGGGCCAUUGACGGUAGAAAUAGUGCUGACCAUGAAGUUAGAACUUGUAACUGUUGAGCUUGAAUGCCAAUGUGCACCUGUUGUGUUGAUCUCUCAUCAGGUAGAACUAAGAGCAUUAUAUGCAUAUUUUGCAGACAGGCCUGUGAAAGAAAUUCAACACAUUAAGCUGUUGGGAAUGUAUGUUUCUCGAAUAAAGAGAUUAUGGGUGUGA